AUGGACGCCCCUCUUCUCAUUUCACUUGUUCUCUUCGUUUACUUGGUCUAUGCCUAUUGUCGCAAGCAACGCGCUCUCUUGCCUCCCGGACCUCCUGGUCUUCCGUUUCUCGGUAAUGCUCUCGACAUGGCCGUAAAAUAUCCUUGGCUAAAAUACGCUGAGUGGGGUCGGCAGUAUGGCGAUGUCAUCUACCUCAAUGCCGUGGGGCAGUCGAUUAUCGUGUUAAACACAGCCAAGGCAGUUUUUGCUCUGCUUGAUCAGCGCGGCGGCAUCUAUUCAGAUAGGCCGCGUCUGGUGAUGGGCGGAGAGCUUGCCGGAUACGUCCACAGUGUACCUCUCUGCCCUUAUGGCACACGUCUACGGGAGUACAGGAAACUUAUCCUUGAAGUAGUCGGACCCCGAAAGGUGCAGCAGUGGCGGCCUAUCGAGGAAGAGAAGACAAGGAUAUUUCUCGGAGCCCUCCUGGAAUCCCCGGAAAAAUUCCGUGACCAUAUCCGACAUCAUAUCGCCUCCAUAACUUUCCUCAUAUCACAUGGUUACAACGUUAGACCUGAGGAUGACCCACUUGUCGAACUUGCCGAUCGCGGUGAUCAAGGGUUUUCGGAGUCUACCACUACCGGCGCAUUUCUGGUCGACUCCUUCCCUAUCAUGCUUUACCUUCCUCGAUGGUUGGGCUUCAAUUGGAUGAAGAAGGCCGAGAAGUUCCACAAAGAUAUGGAGGAACUCCGAGAUAUACCUUACAACUCCGUCAAGGAGCAGGUGGUCAAAGGGACAGCCAUCCCAUCCUUUACCGCCAAUCUUAUCCAACGAUACAAAAAUCCAACUCCGUACCAGGAAGACGUUAACAAGUGGGUCACGACUGGAUUCUAUUCUGCCGGUGCUGACACAACCGUAUCAUCGCUAUGCUCAUUUUUCCUAUAUAUGAUGCUCUUCCCAGAUAAGCAAAAGAAAGCACAGGAAGAGAUCUCACGCGUAGUCGGGUCCGCACGAUUGCCUGAUUUCAACGAUCGUGAAAGCUUGCCUUACGUUGAUUCCUUGCUGAAGGAAGUUCAUCGAUUGAACCCGGUUGGACCUCUGGCAGUACCGCACAAGUCGACCAAAGAUGAUUCCUACAACGGCUACCUGAUUCCCUCUGGCUCUGUCGUUCUGCCUAACACCUGGGCCGUAAUGCACGAUCCAGACACUUAUCCUUCUCCCUUUGAAUUCCUUCCCGAAAGAUAUCUGGAGCCCCACAAUGACGCCAAGGGCAUCAAUCCAGAUCCUCGCAAAUUCGCUUUCGGAUACGGGCGCAGAAUCUGUCCUAGACAACAUCUCGCAGACGAUGAAUUCUAUAUCACUGUUGCCGCUGUGCUCUUCGUGUUCAACGUUCUUCCGGAGUCUGACAAGGACCAAGUUAGGCUUCCCGAUUGGUCUCGCAGUGAAGGGUACCUCUCAUCUACUAUUUCGCAUCCUGAUCCCUUUAAUUGUCGUAUUAUACCACGUUCGCGUGAGGCCGAGCUACUGAUCCGUGCAGGCGACCCUUCAAGACAGUAA